UCGGAAAAUCAGCAAAAAUUAUUGCAUUAAAAAGUCAAUUAUCUGUAUCACAAGCAAAGAUAUCAUUAUCAAAACGGAGAAUUAUGGAAAUAUUUUGUUCAUUACGAGACGCAUUUACUUAUUUCAAUCCAUAUUUUACACAAUAAAGAUCAAUUCAGACUCUCCAUUGCGAUUUUCAGUAACCAAUUAGCCUAGAUGGAAAUUUUAUAUUACUAUGGACUUCGUUGACCCAUGAGGAAUCGUGGACAAUAGGUAUCUAGAGUAUUUACGUGAAAUUUAUCAAAUACUCUAUUGACCAGUUACCGUUGCUGGCGGAGGGGGAGACUAUAGCUCACGGCACACUAGUUGAAUGAUGUUCGCUCAACAUUUUUUUUCUUCAGGAAUUAAUAACAAGUGUAAUUGAUUACGGGGGUUAAAAAAGUAUAGCUUCGUCACAAACUUGAAUGAAAGGUGACAUGAAAUUUUUAUUACAUGUACGCAAUAGGUAAAACAGAUAUCGGUAAAUUGAGAGUAAUGAAUAAACCUUUUAUACUUGAAUAUACAAUAUAUUGUUAAAGCCGUCAUUCUAAAGUGAUAGUAAUUAUAUAGCUGAAGAGAUCGAGUGGAUAAAAAAACAAAUAUUGGAAAUAAUUUUGACGGUCGCUUCCAAUUUAUAUUCACGACUUUUGUAAAGGAAGGUAUAUUGUAUAAUCAAAUACUGUGCUUGAAAGUAACAUAAUAAGGACGGAUAAGUAAAUUCUAAUUUAAAUAAAUUUCAUUUCAACACAAAGUUUGUUUGUAAAUGAACACUAAAAAGUGGUAAUUAUAAGCAGACACCAAAGGAGUAUACAGUUAAAUGAGAUGCCACAUUCGAUAAAAUCCAGUUUAGUAUACAUAUAAAAUCAUCGAAGGUUGAAAAAGGCAAGUUAGUUUCUAACCAAGAGUUUAUUUAUGAUUAUAGAAAAUAAGACAGAAAAGUAACACAAACAGGAAAUCAGGGGUAAUAAACAAUGUUAUGAAUACAAAUACCGGAGAUGUGUAUCUGGGAAUUUAACACCCUGAACUAGUAAAGUAGGUUAAUUUGACUCCAUCAACUAUAGCAAAUUUGUGACAAGCGUUAGUAAAUAAGUUCACUGAAAAUGUCAAUUUAAAAAGCUGCAAUUUUUAUCAGCAAGGAAUAAUAAAACUAUGAAGGAUUGGAUUUUAAACAAUGAUAAAACUUGUUUAACACUAACACUAUAUUAAAACUGGAUUAAUUGGAAUUUAAUAGUAAUUUGCUUGCAAUUUUAAAGGAAACAAAUCACAAUGUUUGGAAAUAAUAUGUACGGACACUACAUGCAUAUGGGUGGUCAAUCCAACUCUGGUUUCGGGACAACAGGGUUUGGCAGUCAACACCAACCUCAAAGUGCUUUUGGGAUGACCAAAAAGGGACAAACUGGAGCAUUUGGUCAGGCAAAUCCAUUCCUAGACCCCAAUGGUAUGAUGCAUCAUGGGUAUGAUGGUAUUCAUCAUCAUGGUCACCAUGGAAUUUUGCGCCAGAAUUCCCUUCUCGGAGAAAUGACCCAGUCAAAAGCCGAACGUGCAAAAGGAGUUAAGCCAUGGGCAUUUUCAAGUAUAAGCUUCCCAGUUGGACAUGAUGACAAUGUACUAUCAACUAUGUAUGACAAACCACUUGAAAAGCCUAAGCCAAAGCCUACUUUGGGAAGACAGCAGUCUUUCUCUGUUGCAGACAGUCUCGAACGUAAAAGAGCACCAAGUUUCAGUUCUGAUCCUGAUAAGAUGAGAAGUCGAACAAUAAGUUCAUCAUCUUUACCUACAGGACGUCCUAAGUUUAGCAGAUCAUUGUCAAUUGCAGAUGAUAUCACUGAGCCUGUUAACAUGGACAUGGCAAUUCCUUUCCUCCGUAGACAGCAGUCUUUGGAUGUUGAAAAAAUGCGCAGGAAAUCACUUUCCCCAAAAAACCAUUGCUUCCACUCAACAUGUUCAAACACAGACGGUCAUCUAAAGUCAAAGAGAAUAUGGAUAAAUCUGAAACUUCCAGCUUGCAAUUAUCUACAAGGUCAAGAAGCAACACUGGUGAAAGUCAUGUUUCUUCUAGGUCAUCCACAGGAUCACAAAAACUAAGUCCAACAAGUCAACAAAAAUUAUCACUAAACAACAGCCCAAGUAAGCCCAACAGCACAAAUGAUGAGGACAAAUUAAUUCUUAGCCUUUUGAAUCCUGAGGUCCCAGAUGAUGAUGUAUUUCGGUCUAAUAAUUCACGUGAAGAUAAAAAUAUUCAAAUGGAAAAUGAAAUAGCAAAAGUUCAGGCAAAGCCAGUUGAAGUUUCACCAAUACAGCAGCCAAAUCAUUUGGAUGUUUCUUCGCUACAAUCCCCUACCUUAGUUACCAAACGAGUGCAACACCUUAUCAGCAAUGAACCCGACACUGAAUCUGUUAAAUCAAAUGAUUCAGAGCAGUUAACCCCACAACCAGCGAGAUCUAGAGCAAGUAGCAAAUCAUCUAGAAAAUCAAAAUCACCAGCAAGAAGCACUGCUCUACUUGUUCCAGGACCAUCUUUGACAGCUCCAAGAAAACCAGAAAACAAAAUAGAUAGUAAGCUGGUUCCUUAUACUGACCAAACAGAUUCUGAAAACUCUGAUGUGUAUUAUGAAUGCAAUAACCAAAGUCAGAAAAAUUCUCCAAUACUUGCUAAAAAUGAAAGCAAUCAAGCUGGAAAGGGUAAGAAAAGAUCAGUAAAGAAACCAAGAAACACUUGCAGCUCAAGUACAUGUACUGAUGGCGAAGAUACCACUUCAACUUGUGAGACUCCACCUAGAUCAGUAUUUCGCGACAUUCAACAAAAGCAUUACCCUGAAGCACCAACAAACAAAUAUCCUCAUGAUACGGAUUUUAUACCAAAAGACAUUCAUGAAGCAAAAACUUUACCUAUUAGAGAAAAAGGACUACAAAGCAAACAAGGAGAAAAGGCAGGCGUAAGACGAUUAUCUAACAAUAAUCCUUAUACUAGAAAAGUAAAUGAAAUAAGUGAUGAAGAUAAUGCUAAAGUAUCAAACCAUGAACUACUUGUGCCUAGCUAUGCACCAGUUUUAAAAGGUGAACCAGGUUCAAAAGAAACUUUGAAUAAUGAUAUAGGAACUGCUGACAGUUCUGAAAGUGGAUAUGCUACAAGUUAUAUUCCAACUUCACCAAAGAACUAUGACCAUAUAAAAGUAUCUCAAUUUGUUAACUCUCUUCCAAAUUACCCAGACAUGGAUGAACAUAGAUCUGAAAGUAGUCAUAAUGAUGGUGUUCUUAAUGGUUCAGAAACCGAAAGUGAUCUUGAUGAUGAUAAUAACAAGAUACAGAACUACCCACGCGCUGACUUAGACAUCACAAGCAUAAACUGUGCUAGUGGAAGUGACUCUGAAAAUGAAUCUGUCAGAACUAAUAACUCAAUAUCAAAACUUGAGGUCAUGAAAAUUCUUGAAAGUCCAACAGAUGUAAGAGAAAGAGUAACAAACGCAAUGAAUGGAAAAUCAAAUGAAAAGCUUACAUCUAAGUAUGAUGAUACUUUACCAAAAUAUUCAAGCAUCAGAAAAGGAAGCAAUGCUUCAGAAACUGAGCUGCUUAAACUGAUGAAACCAGAAAAGGAUGAAAUCGAUAGUGCUCCAGAGAAAAUUGAAAAGAAGAAACACGUUGAGGUUAAUUGUGUAGUUGUAAGUACAGACUCACCUUUAGGGGAAGGAGCUGAAACGAAACUAUUGAGGCAUCCAGAGAAACCAUCAUUUGCUUCAUCUGUGAUUGAUAAGUUGAGUUUUAGGAGAGAAUAUUCAUCUGUAUAUCAAAGUAAAUCAACAAACUGUGUAGAUGGACUACUGCAUUUUCUAAAUCUGUUGCUAUUUCUCUCAAGUGCUGGGGUUGUUGGCUUUGGCAUAUGGCUUCAGCUGAAAGACUUCAAUGUGAAUGAUAUAACUAUUAUUCUAGGUAACAAUUUAUUGCAAAUUAUAACAUACGUUGCAAUAGCAGGAGCAGGGGUGGCAUUAUUAGCAGCAUGUUGUUUAUGUUGUGGUAUAAGACAGGAUAAAUCUGGUCUUGGAUUCUAUGCAUUUGUUCUUAUUGGCGUUGUCAUAGCAUUUACUUGUGCUGCAGUGUUAAGUUACAUAUUUUCCAACAAACUGGGAGGAACAGAUUUCAGAUUCGAUUUUAAAGAUAGACUUGUGACAAUGUAUGGUGUAGAUGAUGGAGAAGUACAGCAUCAGUUUUUAACAAGUGCUUGGGACAAUAUGCAAUCUGAAUUUCAAUGUUGUGGGGGUGAUGGGAAUGGAAAUGACACAGAGUCAUGGCUUUUGUAUAGAAAAAGUGCCUGGUAUCUAAAAUUUGCUGAUAAAGGUAAAAUGUUUGUGCCAGAGAGCUGCUGCAAAAAGAACUCAAACAUACAAAUUUGCCAAGGUGGUGAUCCAGAUUUACUAGGACCACCAAGGUAUGCACCACCAAAAAAACUACAGAAAUAUUACAAGGAAUUAAAUACAAAUCUUAAUCACCAUGGUUGUUAUGAUAAUUUUUCAGCUUACUUGUCAACAUUAUGUAAGUACAUAGCUAUAGUGUGUGGAAGCUUAGCUGGACUUUAUUUCCUCACUGUGAUGCUUACCUGGGUUUUCUGUUUUAAGAAAAGUCAGGACUCCAAUGAAAGUUUCAUGGAGGACUCUUAUUAUGACAUCGAAGAUGAUGUGUUUAAUAGUGAAGAUGGAAACGUUAGAAACAAAGAGAUAGAUGAUAAUCAUUUAAUGGAAGAGACAAAGUUCAUUAAUAUGCCAAUUAAAUCUGCUCUCAAAGCACCUGAGGUCAUGGUGAAUGGUAAUAUUAGAAAUUCAGACAAUGACAAUAGGAGAAUGUAUGCAAGUGAAAGAAUUAACUAUCAUGAUAAUGAUAAUGAAAGUUCUGAGGACGAGAGUGAUGAAGAUGAUGAUGUGGAAUCUGGUAGGAGUACGCCAAGUGAGGUUAUAGACCGGAGAAACAUGUGGCUAGCAGGCUCAACUGCUGGUCAUCUUCUGUCUAUAGCUAUUGAGGAAGAAGACAGUAACUUUGAAGACUCUGAUAUUGAGAGUCCACGUAACUCAGCAAAUGUUUAAAAUCAUAUUUUGCUUACUGGUGAUCUUAACCUGGGUUGGGCUCUGGACCUUACUGUAAUGAAAUUAUGUUGGAUUUAUUUAAAUCUGUUUAUUUAAAUCUCCGGCUUCAAGUGAAAUUAUUCCAGAUCUUUAGUGACCUUAUAGCACAUUCAGGUGCUAUAAAUAAUGUUACUUCGCAAUUUGGAAUUUUGCAGGGUUACAAACAAGCUUGAACAGUUACAUCUUUGAUAUGUUGCACUAUCAAUUAGAGAUGAAGUUAUCUAAAAUGAGCACAAUAAUGCUGAUAACUAUAUUUUGAACAUGACUUACAGAUAAGGUGGAAAAAAUACCCAUCUUUGCUGAUAUUCGAGAUAACAUCUUUCACAGAUAUUCAUUUGUUAUAUUAUAUUUGCUUUUAUAUAUAAAUAUGUUUAAAAAAAGAUAGUGCUAAAUGUAUCUUCUUGCUCAUGUAUUCAUUAUAUUCUGUUGUUUCGAGUUGAUUUUUGAAAACAUUAGGUUGUUCUUCACUAUAAAUUUUGUAAAUGUAAAAAACAAAGUUUUAUUUUGUUGCUUAAACGUAUACUUACUACUUAUUGUUAAGCUAAUUUCUAUAAAACAUAUCUGUGCUUUUCAUUGCACAUUGGUCAUAUACAAUUACUUCAAUUACAUCAAAUUUUUCAUCUGAUAUCAUGCAGCAGCAUAGAUCAAAAAUCAACCCAAAACUUCUUUUAAUUUUUUUUUCCUGUAAAUAAUGCACUUGAAUCAGAUUUUAGAUGCUUAAAGCAUAUUUAUGUAUCAGCUGGACCAGUUUAUCUUUAUAUAUGAUAGCAUGUUGAAAAUAUAACGUUACAUGCCAAUAGGACUUUAAUUGUUAUCUUGAUGAAAAUGACACUAUGUACAUAAAGCUUCUAUUUCAUGAUGGUUUCUAGGGAUAAAAGUAAAGUAAAAUUUUGGACAAAGAAUUCUCUGUUAAAAGAUUUUGAAAUACUAUUUACAUAUUAGAUGCUGUAUAUUUUUGAAAUUCAUUUUAAACACACUUAUCUUUAGAUCAUUGUAGGCUCCAUGUCUUCUGUAAGAUUAUCUUAAUUAAAGAAAGAGGCAUACAAAAUGCUAAAAGAAAUAUAUAAUUUUAACUUAGAAUUUACGAAGGGUUGUGGAAUUUUCAUA